AUGCAUGAUGCUGACAGCAGUCACUCCGAUGAUCUUCGGGUUCCUGCCUGCAUAGCUGUCUGUCAUGACAUGAACCCCCGCAAAGAUUUCUGGGUCAACCGAAAAGAGCAGACAGUCAACAAAAACGAGGUGGUAUGGCUUCAAGAGGCAGCGUGCCCGCUGAGGGUCUCGCAUGAUGGACACGUUUUCAAGAUAUGCGAGGCCACUUCGGUGAAGAAAUCAGCGGGUGACGGUGGCGCCGAUGGCCACUGGGGCACGAAGGAUUUGGACGCCAACUGCGGCAAGAUGGCUUUUGCUGCGCUCUGCGUUCGGGCUUGGCGGAGCCCAAUUCCAUAUGAGUCGCUAUCAUAUCAGAUCAUUGUUACCUACUCGCAGUGGGAAGUUCUGCCGGUGUGUCGUUCUCUGGGGCCUAAUUCUAUAAAGCUACCUGUAGACCCUGGUAUCCAGAUCAACACCUCCCAAAAACCUAGUGUCAUGCAUGGCCUCAGUCCUGCAGUGAUCGCUGGCGGAACCGAAAGGGUUGCCGGUAGUAAAGCCGGAUAUGUUGAUGACUCGAUUUUACGAUAUUGGGGGUUGCACGAUCUGCACUGCAGGCCCAACGUGCGACGUGCAGACUGGUGCAUACUGCUCCCAGUGCACGUAGGAGUUGUCGCAUCUUCAUUUCAUUGUUUCCCAGAAUCGGACACCCCUGAGUGUCCAGUUGAAUCUCGGCUUCGGGAUGUUGUGUGCGCGCGUGUGCAGAACCAAUUCGAAGGGGAUCCCAGGGCGCGAACAGUUUUAGAUGGACUUGUAUUAUGGGUACGAAAGGUUGGCUCUUUUCUUUUUACAUGCCGUGUCGUCGAUACGCAAUUGCACGGUCAUCGCGCUUCUUCUCACGGGUCCGGUCUCGCCGUGCGGUGGGCCUUUGAGGAUCUCUUACAUACAUUCGCCGCACGCAUAAUGCGGGUUGCAGCAUGCAUGUGGCGUGAACUUGGGGUUAGCGUCUUGAUGCAAGCACUGUGCGACACGUCACCGCAGAGGGAGAUGGAUGCCAUGAAGGGCGCAGACCGCAGACGCGGCCGCCAGGCUUGCGCGGUUACAGGAAGCCAUGUGCACCCAUAG